AUGUUGUCGGCAAUAUCGUGGGUCCCGCGCGGCGCGGCGAAACCGUUCCCAAAAACAGCGGAGCUCGACGAGGAGGAGGUCGCAGAGGUGCGCCGCCGCGCCGAGGGCGCCGCCGCCGCCGCCGCCAUAGCUGGCGGCGACGCCGACGCUGAGGACGGAGAGGAGAGGGAUGCAGAGAAUGACGAAGAUGCAGCAAUGGAAGAGGAGGAAGAGGAGGAGGGGAGUGAGGAGGAAGGCGACGCGGACGGAGAGGAGGCGGCGGCGGCGGCGGCGUUGGCGGCGGAGAUUCGGAAGGCGAAGAAGGGCCAAUCAGCGGAUGACAGGCUGGCAGACGAGCUUGCUGAGCUGGACAUGGACCACUAUGACGACGAGGCCGACGCGGCGCCGAACCUAUUCGGCACGGGUAAGGGCGUCGGCGCGGCGUAUUACCGAAGCAACGACGAAGACCCGUACCUGACCAAAGCGGAAGGUGCGGAAGAUGAGGACGAGGAGGACGAGAUCGAAGAUCUCACCAUACGCGAUACAGACUUGCUCAUUCUCGCGGCGCGGAACGAGGAUGACGUCAGCUUUAUCGAGGUGUGGGUGUGCGAGGAGCAGCAGCAGCGGGAGGAAGGAGGGGACGAUGAUGACGUGGCACAAAACGACAAGGAGCUCAACAUGUAUGUGCACCACGAUAUCAUGCUUCCCGCCUUCCCGCUCGCUCUCGCAUGGAUGGAUUUCAAUCCCGCCUCCGCUGCCGCCGCCAGCGCUUCCGCUGGUUCUUCCGCCGCCGCGACCGCCGCCGCGGGCGCCGGCGCGAGCGUCCUGGCGCCGGGAAACUUCGUGGCAGUUGCGACGAUGGACCCUGCUAUCGAGAUCUGGGACUUAGACGUUUUGGACGAGGUCGAACCCGCCGCGUCCUUAGGAGGUUUUGUGACUACAACGGGCGGUGCGGGCGCUGAUGGGGAAGAGGAUGAUGAGGAGGAGGAGUGGGAGGAGGUGGAGGAGGAGGAGGAGAUGGAAGUGGGCGGCGGGGGUUCAGGGUCUAAGAAGGGUUCAAAGGGCAAGAAAGGGAAGAAGGACAAGGGAGGUAAGAAAGGAAAGAAGGGCAGAGAGAGAGAACCAGAAAAGCGCGGAAGCAGCAGCAACAAGGGGAAAAACCCCAAAAAAUCAGCAGCAGGGGCGGUAACAGCAGUGCUAAAGGAGGGGAGUCAUAAGGGGGCGGUGAUGGCUCUGUCAUGGAACCGGGAGUACCGGAGUGUGCUGGCGAGUGGAGGCGAGGACCGGCGGGUGAAGGUGUGGGACAUGGCGGCGCAGCGGUGCGAUCGAACACUCAAGCCGCACACCGGCAAGGUGCAGGCGGUCGCUUGGGCGCCUCUUCACGCUACGAGUCUGCUGUCUGGCUCCUUUGACCGCUCCCUUGCUCUGGUGUGCGACCGAACGCUCAAGCCGCACUCCGGCAAGGUGCAGGUCGUGGCGUGGGCGCUGCUGCGCGCUACCAGCCUCUUGCUGGGCUCCUUUGACCGCUCCCUUGCUCUGGCCGUGGCGUGGGCGCCGCUGCUGCAUGCUACCAGCCUGCUCUCCGGAUCGUUUGACCGCUCCCUUGCUCUGGUGGGUGGGUGGGUGCUCUCAUUGUGCGGGUUUGACUUUGGUUUGAUGGACGUCCGGUUGCGUGAUGUGACAGUCCUGCCGCGGGGAGUCGUUGCAAUCUUAAUUUCCCCCACUGUCUAUCCCCCCCUCCCCUUUCCCCCACCCUCUGCUCCCCCUCACUUUCAGACAGACGUCCGGUCGCCUGAUGCUACAGUGCUGCGGUGGGCUGUCUCUGCUGACUUACUUCUCCCCCCCUUACCCCCACUCUCCAACCCCCGACCUCCCCCUCCCCCCACUCUUCCCCCGCCCCCCUGCCCUGCCACCCUCUUUCUGCCUCAGACGGACGUCCGGUCGCCCGAUGCAACAGUGCUGCGGUGGGGCGUCUCUGCUGACGUGGAGGCCCUCGCGUGGGACCCACACGACAGCACCCGUUUCGUCGUCUCUUCUGAGGACGGGCUCAUCUGCUGCCACGACACACGGGCGGGCAGCAGCAACGCCACCGCCGCCGCCCCAAGCGCCAGCUCAGCAUCAGCAGUUUCGUCUUUUCCGAGCGCUCUCUUCACGAUCCAUGCGCACACCAAGGCGGCAUGCACAGUGUCUUGGAACCCUAAAGUCCCGAACCUACUCGCGUCUGGUUCUACCGACAAGACUGUCAAGCUUUGGGACCUCACAGGGAACCAGGCUCGGUGUUUGGAGUCGUCAAACCCUAAGCUGGGAGCUGUUUUCUCAGUGGCGUUUUGUGCGGAUGCGCCUGGGUUCCUGGCGAUGGGAGGGUCGAAGGGGAAGCUGAAGGUGUGGGAUACCAGAAAGGUCGCUGAUGUGGGACAGAGGUUUAGAGUGGUGUGA